CACCUCUCCGCCUCUAGCCUGCCGCGGCCGCUCACGGCGCUCGCGCAGCGAUGGCGGAGGCUGUGGAGCGCACUGACGAGCUGGUCCGGGAGUAUCUGCUCUUCCGCGGCUUUACGCACACGCUGAGGCAGCUGGACGCCGAGAUCAAGGCGGACAAGGAGAAAGGGUUCCGGGUGGACAAGAUUGUGGACCAGCUGCAGCAGUUAAUGCAGGUGUAUGACUUGGCUGCCCUUCGGGAUUACUGGAGUUACCUGGAACGGCGACUCUUCAGUCGCUUGGAGGAUAUAUAUAGACCCACCAUCAACAAGCUGAAAACCAGCCUGUUCCGCUUUUAUCUUGUCUACACCAUCCAGCAGACAAACAGAAAUGACAAAGCUCAAGAGUUCUUUGCAAAGCAGGCCACAGAGCUCCAGAACCAGGCCGAGUGGAAGGAUUGGUUUGUCCUGCCCUUCCUGCCAUCCCCAGACACCAACCCCACCUUCGCUACCUACUUCUCUCGACAGUGGGCCGAUACCUUCAUUGUGUCCCUGCACAACUUCCUGAGCGUCCUGUUUCAGUGCAUGCCAGUUCCCGUAAUCCUGAACUUCGAUGCGGAAUGCCAGAGGACCAACCAGGUUCAAGAAGAAAAUGAAGUUCUUCGCCAGAAGCUUUUCGCCCUGCAAGCCGAAAUCCACCGCCUGAAGAAAGAGGAGCUGCAGCCAGAGGAGGAAGAGGCCUUGGUCCAGCACCAGUUGCCUCCUUAUGUCUCCCACAUGGACCGCCUGGGGGACUCGGAGCUGGCCAUGGUGUGCAGCCAGAGGAACACUUCCCUGUCGCAGUCGCCUCGAGUGGGUUUCCUGUCCUCGCUGCUGCCUCAGAGUAAGAAGAGCCCCUCAAGGUUGUCGCCUGCCCAGGGUCCCUCUCAGGCUCCGAGCUCAGCCAGGAAAGAGCCUCUCAGUGGUCAGACUGCCAAGGGAAAGGACGCGGCAUGCGGGCCCAAAGACGGGAAGAGCCUCUUCGGCGGGCUGGCGUCCGGGGAGUCCAGCUGGUCGCAGCACCGGCAACGGCGCCUGCAGGAUCACGGCAAGGAGAGGAAGGAACUCUUCUCUAUGACUUUGCAGAGCGCAGAGAAGAAGGCCGAGGCUAGUGGCCCAGAGGCUGAGCCCUGCCCCGAGCCCCAUGUGGAGGCACUGGAGACGCUGACACGGGCUUCUGCAGCAGGUGCCGAGGGCGGAGGGGGCCGCCCCGAGCAGCCGUUUAUUGUGCUGGGGCAGGAGGAGUACGGGGAGCACCAUUCCUCUAUCAUGCACUGCAGAGUGGAUUGCUCGGGGAGGAGGGUCGCCAGCUUGGAUGUAGACGGGGUCAUCAAAGUGUGGUCCUUCAACCCCAUCAUGCAGACCAAAGCGUCCUCCAUUUCCAAGUCGCCACUGCUGUCUCUAGAGUGGGCCACCAAGCGGGACAGGCUGCUCUUGCUGGGCAGUGGUGUGGGGACGGUGCGUCUUUAUGACACAGAAGCCAAGAAGAAUCUCUGUGAGAUCAACAUCAACGACGAUAUGCCCAGAAUCCUGUCGCUUGCCUGCAGCCCCAACGGGGCCUCUUUCGUCUGUUCGGCCGCCGCUCCGAGCCUCGCUGCCCAGGUGGACUUCUCGGCUCCAGAUAUUGGCAGCAAGGGUACUAACCAGGUUCCCGGCAAGCUGCUGCUGUGGGACACGAAAACCAUGAAGCAGCAGCUCCAGUUCUCUCUGGACCCCGAACCCAUUGCCAUCAACUGCACAGCUUUCAAUCACAAUGGGAACCUGCUGGUUACGGGGGCAGCUGAUGGUGUCAUCCGGCUGUUCGAUAUGCAGCAGCACGAGUGCGCCAUGAGCUGGAAGGCCCACUGCGGGGAGGUCUACUCGGUGGAGUUCAGUUACGACGAGAACACCGUGUACAGCAUCGGCGAGGACGGGAAGUUCAUCCAGUGGGACAUCCACAGGAGCGGCCUGAAGGUGUCCGAGGACAGCCUCCCCGCCGACGCCACCGGCCCCUUUGUGCUGUCGGGUUACAGCGGCUACAAGCAGGUUCAAGUGCCCCGGGGCCGGCUCUUCGCUUUUGACUCGGAGGGAAAUUACAUGCUGACGUGUUCUGCCACAGGGGGCGUCAUCUACAAGCUGGGCGGGGAUGAGAAGGUUCUGGAGAGCUGCUUGAGCCUGGGCGGCCACCGAGCCCCUGUGGUCACCGUGGACUGGAGCACGGCCAUGGACUGUGGGACGUGCCUCACUGCGUCCAUGGAUGGCAAGAUCAAGCUGACCACCCUGCUGGCUCAUAAACUCUGACGGGACACCCCACCCCC